CUGCUGCCGGUCGGAGCUCUCGCAGCGGCUCAGACCCAAACGAGCGGCUCCGUGUCACGUCCAGAAAAUGUGCGCAGGGUGAAGAGCGUGCGUGCGUGUGAGCGUGAACACCCUCAUAGGACACCGCCUGUCUGGCGUCUCCAAUAAUAAUAAUGUCGCGCCGGAGCCUUUAGACGAAGGGUACACGCGCACUAAACAAGCCCACCACUUUCCGUCCAACCAGCCUCUUUUUUCGGACAGACCUCCUCUCUUUUCUCCGAUUUCAAGCGACGGCUUCAAGUUUCCGGUCUUGUCCGAUCAACAGUCCAAAACACAAAGAAGUUGUGGGAGGUUUAGCAACAGCGACGUUGGGUGCAACCAGCUGUGAAUCAGCGGCAUGGCAGCAGAACAAUAGUUGCCGCGGCCUGCGACGCUAAGCGAGAAGGCUAACCGCACAACAAGGCCGGGAACAGUCAAAACACAGGAAAUUAGCUGCUGUUUACUUUCACUCGUCUAGACGACUUGCUCCCACUGAUUAAGUGCAAAGAGCCCCCCCCCGUGGAUCUCUGCUCUCCGGAGGUCACCGCCGCCCGCUUCGUCGUGAGCCACGUUUGACGACCCGUUUGUGGCCCCCAGGACCUGUGCUGCGGCGCCAGCCCUACGGCGGUACCUGUCCGAUGUCCUCUGCCACCACAGUGUGAUGCGCCAUGGCUCCGGUGCUGAGAGGAGUGUGGUGGGGGUCCGAGGCCGGUGUCGUCGGAUCCGGGGCGGGAGCUGCUGCCGGCGUGGCGUCGUGGCCGGGCGGCGGGCAAGUGGUCCUGGUCAUCGCCCUCAGCACCCUCACCGCCCUGCUGCUGGUCUCUGUGCUGCUGCUGCUGUGCGCCAGCUGCCAGGGGCAGAAGAAGGCCGUCAAUGGACAUCCUGUAGGAGACCAUGAGAACCUCAUGAACGGAGUAUCAGAGACGGUCAGCCAAUCAGCAGACAGUCUAGCAACGGACGUGGCCAUCAGCAGCUCUCAUAACGGUCCUCUAACCAGCGGUACAAUCCUCACCGACACACAGGACACCAGUCCCCAGCCGUCAGAGGACAUGCUCUCCAGCCAAUCAGAGCUCCGGUCCUCCAAGUGUCCCCAGGACCGCGAGCUCCCGAGCAUUCCCCCCAACAACGGCCUGAUUGGGGACGGACCCCAAGCCUCGGGGGACAGCACCUAUGAGGUGGUGAAGGAGAUCGCCGCGGCGUCCCGUGACGUCAGCGUGGAGGACUCCCUGUACGACACGGUCAAGGAGCUCAAAGACCCCCCCGCUCAGCUCGGCCUCCCCAACGGUACCAUCGAGCUGAGCCCCGAUGAACCUCCCCACCACCCCGCCGCCCUUCUCAACGGACACCUCAGCCCCUGCACCCCUGAGCGGGGGCCCCUGUGCGCCGGGGUGGAGUACGCCUCCGUCGACCUGAACAAGAAGAGUCGCCACAGCGCCGACAUGGAGGCCAGAAGGCGCUCGGAGAACGCCGGCGUUCUCUCCGGCGAACCUGUGGACGAACCAGAGGAGGACCUCCCUCCGCCGGUACCAGAGAAGGUUCUGGAUGAAAACGACAACCAGCCAGGAGUGAUGAACACACACACACAGCUGGCUGAGGCUGGGCUGCACAAUGGAGAGUUACACUCCCCUCUGUCUCCUGCGCUGGGGUUCGACAACCACAUUCUGUCAGACAAUGAGUCAGCAGUGUACUCUAUGGUCCGCAAAACCAACGGUGACGUUGCCGAGAACGAGGAGGACAACGAGCACGACUACAGCAGCAUCGCAGAGCUCAAAGGCCUCGUCCCGGCCUCAUCCUCCAGUGACCUCUACGCCACCGUCCGAGACAUCUACGGCCAGCCCGACGACGAGUCCCGGCAGGGGGGAGACCCCGCGUCGGAGCGCGCAGACCCCGGCUACGAAACCAUCCGCAUCCCGAAGGCCGGAAGCCCGGACGAUGACCACUGGGACGGUCCGGGGGCGGAAGGGUCGGACGCCGCCAAGGCAGAGCACGACUACGAGUGCGUCGGGGAGUUGGGCCUGGGCCGGGAAACGUCCCGCCUCUAAAUUCCUCCGCCCCCCUCCGUUGUCUUCACCUGUGGAGCUGUGGGAGACGCCUCCUCGCUGACUUCUCUGCAGUGCCGUGAACCUGACAGGAAGCUGGCCAGAGAACGGCUCGCCGCGGCAUUCAUCAUCAACGUGUCCGCUUUACAGCGUGGGUACGGUUUGUCAUAUCUGGACUUUUAAUUUAUCAGGCGAAUAUCAUUGGUACCGGUAGCCCUGACAGAAGCUGGACGGUAGUCCCUCAGUCAGUGGGCAUUAAUCAUAUGAAUGAUUGCACUUUGGAUCAUCAUUAAAAUCCUCUUUUCCCUUUUUGACAACAGUCCUGGAGACUUUUAACAUCACUCGAUAAAAGAAAUCCAAAUAAUAUAAAUAUCAAAUCAGAACCAACUUGCAGCAAAUGGUUAGCUGAGAACACAAUCAGUGCCUGCGAUAUAAAAAAAUAAUUCUGUGCCAUAUAAUGAUGAAAUUCAUGCACUUACUGUACUUAUGAAGGUGAUUAUUUUUAUGCCUCUUCUGCAGCUGCUAGUGUGGUUCUAGCUUCUCUAGCUGACUCAGUGUCACGUCGUAUUGAAGUGUCAGAUGGUGCGUUUCCUGCUAUUCGGCGCGAGGUUCAGCAGCACCGUCACAGAGGGCAGAAAGUCUCAUCUGUGACCGAAUAGGUAGUGGAGACUAUUUGUUAGAAAUAGAAUGGAAAACCUUUUGUCUGCUACAUACAUUUCACUGCAAUCGAGAGCUAAGCGGAGCAACGCGGUCUCACAAUACAUUUUGUAAGCAUUUUUAUACAUUCUAUGGACCAUGGCAAUUUAUUUGGUGAAUUUUGUAUUUAUUUAAGGAUGUAUGUUGUUGUGUAAAUGUAUCUUUGGGAGAGACAAUUAAAUAGGCUUCUCUGGAAGUUUCUAGACAUUUUAUUUAGAGAAUAAAGUGUUUGUGUGUAAAGGACAGAGAAAAAGGUACACUUUCCAAUGAUUUUAACUUUUUUUUAAGAAUUCAUUGUUAAAAAAAAAAACAUAUGUGAAAAUAUUUUCUUUUUUUUCAUUUUGCACAGGAUUCUACACAAAUGAUGUGUUAAAAUGUGAUGAUAGGACAUAGCAAACAAACAAACAAGGCAAAGUGUACUUUGGGGGUUUCGUGGUCUUUCGAGCCGACUCUUGGUACCGUAUGCAGCCCUCAGCUGGUGUCCCGGAUGAUUUUUAAGCACAAGGUUUAAUAUCACGGUACUGCAUUUACAUACAGCUUCACAAAAGCUUUGUCACAAUCCCGCUAUAGCCCUGCACAAUUUAAAUAUGUUAUGCUUUUUAACUUACUUGUAGCACUAUGAGAAAACCAUAUCUGUGUUUGUAGCUUGUACUGACGACAUGCCAACUACGGCUUGUAUAGGAGCACUAUUCUUAAUCAACUGCUACUCGCUGGAAGGUUUAUGUAAGCUUUUACUUAUUUGUACAAUGUCCAGAGUGGUAUCAUUUUAAAAUGUAUCUGCUAAGAGCACUGAUGUCUGCAUUGUUUUAAGGAAAACCGUCCAAUGGUUUUAAAAGAAAUCUUAUUAUUACUCAAAGUUGUCAAAUAGCCUUUUGAACCCUGAGAAGUAGUAACCAAUGAAAUGUCAGAAAUAUGGUACAAUGUUUUGGUACGUGUAUUUUAAGACAAAUGGAGUGUGGUACUUUGUUUUUUACUGUGUCAAUACUGUUUGAUGUUUGUUUUCAAAUUCAACAGGGCCAAUGCGUUUUGCUGUAAAUAUGUAUUUCACUGCUACAGUAUCUCUCCCCUUUGCAGAAAGAUGUGCUUCAACCGUUCUAAUCACAUCCAAUAUCAGAGCAUCUCCAGCCUUCGUCUAUGUUUCAUUAGACAUGCGCCCAACAAUGCUACAAUCCAGUAUUCAAGUAUUUAAUGAACAAAACCUAUUAAAGAAAUAUGAUGUUACACUGAUGCUACCAAAUGAUGCGGCCGGGUAACAUCUUUGGUUCCAUUGUUUAGAUAUAAUGGGUUUUAAAGAAUGCUGUCAAUGACCUUAGAGGAAAUGAUCCAAUCAAAUUAGCUGUUAAUGCUGAAUUUUUACCAAACACACAACAAUUAGCUAUUCUGUUGUCUGUCUUGGUCAUAGAAACAGCCACACGUGGGAAUGUGGGAGGUUCGGAGAUGCUCCGCUGCUGCCUCUCCUUUAGCUUUGCUACUCCCACGAUGGGACCAUUUGUUCCCCGUGCAACCAGCAGACGACCGCAUGGUGACACAGGCCUUUGAUCACAGGACAAAGCCUGUUUUUGAAGCUAUGGCCACAUCUGUCACCAAUCUUUCCCGUUUCCAUUCUCUGCAUGUAAAUAUUUUAUCACAUGAAUUGUUCUAUUAAAAUAUAUAUAUAAUAUA